AUGCAUGUAGACUCUAACAGCAAAGAGCCUAUACUUAUCUACCCCUACUUCCGAGACACUCUGCUUGCUCUACUCAAGAAUGAUCCUGCCUUCCCGCCAGAUGAACGGCCGAAGAUUAUGCGAGGUGUUGGAGAAGCAAUUCAGGAGCUUCAUUCGAGGGAUUGGGUCCACACUGAUAUUAAGCCAGAUAAUGUUCUGGUCAACUGGACAUGCGACAACGAGGGCAACAAGAUUGUCACAGAUGUUGCUCUUGGCGAUUUUGACAUCGCCUGUCAACUUAAAGACAAUGAGGCUCGCCAUACCGAACAUGCACUGGGUAACGCGAUGUGGCGAAGCCCUGAAGCACAGACCGGUAUUUGCACAAAGGCGUCAGAUAUCUACUCGUUGGGGCUAGUAUACAUCUAUAUCUUAGGAGGGGGUGACCUUCUGGUAUUGCACGACUACCAAGAGCUUUUGAAGGCAGGCAUUCCCCCAGAGCAAGAAGUAAUUACUAAGCACUUCUGUUACUUUGGCCCCGUUCCGGAAAGCCUUUACGAGCAGAUCAAAGAUGAGAACUGGAGGACUGCUUUAAGAGGGGCGGCGAAGAUGGCGGAGGCAGAAGUACAGGAACGACCAAUGCUAAGAUUAGAGACCUGGGGUCAACAAUUGGGCGAAGCGGCAGUGGACCUGCUUUCAAAGACGACGAGUCUCGAUCCCAAGAGUCGGUCGACAAUCGACCAGGUAUUGGCUCUCCCGUUCUGGCAAGAUCCUGGCUCGUGA